AUGGCAUCUCUUCUGUCCUUGAUUCUUAUCAUUUAUAGCUUCUUCCUUUCAUCUUUCACCUCAGCUUCCCAACAUAAAAUAUGUCCAUUUGAUGCAGUCUACCAAUUUGGAGACUCGUUAUCAGAUACCGGCAACUCUAUAAGAAGCUCCUUUGGUGUCAAUUCAUCAGCAUCUCGUCUGCCCUACGGCGAGACAUAUUUCCGUAGACCUACAGGCCGGUGGUCUGAUGGACUUCUCGCUAUCGAUUACAUCAAUUUGGCUCUUGGUCUUCCACUUCUUAAUCCUUAUCUGGAGAGGAAUGCAAGCUUCAGUCAUGGAGUCAACUUCGCAGUAGCUGGAAGUACUGCACUCAACAAUACAUUCUUCAUGAAGAGGAAUCUUUUCGUGUCCCCAGGCAACAUUCCCCUGAGCGUCCAGCUCAACUGGUUCAAGACCCAUCUCAAAUCUACCUGCAGAACGCUUUCAGGUUAUUGCUCCAAAAGACUUACAAGAGCUCUAGUGUUCAUGGGGGAGAUUGGAACCAACGACUACUUUUACUCCUUCGGAGGCAAGCCCAUUGAGGAAACCCGGACUUACGUGCCUUACGUUGUUAGAGCCAUAAAAGAAGGUGUUAGAGAAGUAGUUCGAGCUGGUGCUGUUAAUGUAAUAGUUCCUGGAAUUCCUCCCAUUGGAUGUGUACCAACCUCCCUUACUUUCUUUCAAAGCAACGAUACGAGGUCAUAUGAUGACAUGGGAUGCCUGAAGGAUCUAAAUGAGUUUGCAAUGUAUCAUAACACCCAUCUCCACCUUGCACUAAAAGAUCUGAGACGAGAGUAUCCUCAAGCUGCAAUAUUAUAUGCAGACUUCUACGCAGUUUCCCUAUCAAUCAUCCGCCGAGCAAUGGCUCUCGGAUUCAAGAAGGACGUGUUAUUAAAAGCUUGUUGUGGUGUUGGAGGGGACUAUAAUUUCAGUCUGGACAGGCCGUGUGGAUCUCCGGGUGUUCCUGUUUGUUCCAAACCUGCUCAGUACCUUAGUUGGGAUGGUACUCAUCUCACUCAGGAGGCUAAUAAGAAGUUGGCAGACUGGAUGAUUGACAAUGUUCUCACAAAGAUCCCAUGUAAAUGAUAAGUAAUUUUCAUAUAUAAGUGAAACUCUAGGAGUUAAUUUCCACUUAAUUAGCUGCUGUAAUUACACUUGCUGGAUGUAUGAUACUAGUAAUUAUGUAAUGGA